CAAGAAGCAGGGCAAGUAAGAACGCGCGGAAGCUAAAUGGGAAAAUUGUUUUAGAUUAGCCUAUCCGUUUACCGCACGACCGAGUUGAGGCGGCCGCUUCCAGCGGCAUUCGGUCGAGACGGCUCCGAACGGGCAUCGGGAACGGACCAAAGGGGCAUCUUUGUUGCAUAUUUCAUCAGCCCACUAAGUGGCCGGGUGCGUGGCCCGUGUGCGUGUGUGUCUGUGCAUUGGCGUCGUCUUGCUCCAGCAACGAAAGCCAAGGAUCCAGAGUACCUUGGUCGUUGUUCGCUCGCGGUUCGUGGCCCGCUAUUUACGGUCGUGAAUUAUAUCAUCCUACACAGUGCGCCCUGCCUUCCCACAGUCACCGUGUUUGUGUGCGUGUGUGUGUGAAGCCGGGUAAUAAUAUUUGCAUGGUAAAACGGUGCCCAUUUGUCGUCUCGGAACCCACAAUCCACAACAUCGUUUGGUGGACGGUUGUUGCUUGUGAAUACCAGUUUGUACGCGGUGCCUUUGCAAGAGUGAACUUGCUACGUGAACGAUGAAGGUUGUGCAUUUGUUGGGCAUUUUUGCGAUGGUAAGCGUCGGUAAAGCGUCACUGCUAAUACCCGACCGCUUCAACACGACCGGUGACGAGAUGGAUCGAACGAACGAACCAGCACACCAGUCAGCAGGUGGCCCAGUGUGGAAGGACACGGAACACGGGAAGGUCCUGUCGAGAAGGAAACGGUUCAUCGUAUUUCCGGAAGGUUCCAGCUUUUCGGUGGCCGUCUGCAUGACGAUCGGUUUGUACGGCAACCCGAACUAUCAGUUUGUAAGUUGGGCCCUUAACUGGGGCAUCGCGUACAAUUUGCCGAACCAGACGCUCAGCUUCCAGAAGGAGAUGACCGAACCGAAGCCGAUGGUGCAGCGGCGCUUCCGGCGCGAUCUCUACCAGAAGCUCGAGGUGAUCAUGGACAGCAUGGGGUACGAUGGGCGCGACUGCAUACUGCGGGCGCUGUGCGAAAGCUCGCAGUACUUCGGUGGCAAGGGCCAGAACAUGAUAGCGGAGAUGUUGCGCACACUGUUCAGCUACCCGAAGCAGAAGGUGCUCUCGUUCGAGCACGCCGACCACCGGCUGUACGAUGAGGCACACCGCAAGGGGCGCAAUAUGGCACCGUGCCAAUCGCUGUACGGCAACUGCCAGUUUUCGUUGCUCGAGCUGGCGCUGGGGAAGUAUUCUACCCCGUACGGGUUUAUAAUGUUCGCACCCGGUGGAAACAGUAGAAAUCGCUUCCUUCUUGAAUGUGGUUUGGAUUCAUCGCCGGCGGAAGUGGUGGACUCAUUGAGCGCAGUGCACAGUACCCCGCUGGCGAGCGAUAGGCAACGAAGCAACAUGAUGCGCAACGUUACAUGCGGCGUUGCUAAGAAACGGCAACGAAUAAAGCUGCCGAGCGCGGUAUUGCUUUGGGGUUUGUUUGCGCUGCUGCUGUGCCUUAGCUCAUCCACUGCCGGUGUGUACGAUGGUGCAGAUGAUGGUGGUGGUACUGCUGGAGCAGUAGCGCAGGAUGCAUCCGCCCCGCAAAGGAUACUUUCGCGCAAGCGACGCUUCCUGACGUUUCCCGAAGGAAGUUCCUUUCAAGUAGUGUACGAUCAAACCAUACCGAUGAUCGGUGUCGAGCGGCUGUUCACGAUCGGCAUUACGGUCGCGCUGGCGUACGAGCUGCCGAGCAUCACCUUCAACCAGAUCGAGGAGAUGCUGCGUGAAAAUGCGGCCGACGAUAAGAUGGACCUCAACGCGAACAACACCAUCCUGGUCGAUAGCAGCAAACCGUCCACCACACCGGCGCGCAAGAACAUCUUCGACUACUACUACCAAACACCGGGACGACCGGCAGGGAACGUGCCCGGCCGUAUCAAUUACUACACCGCACCGGACCGACGUUACGAUACGGUCGAUCGAUACGGGCAGCGUCUUCCGUCGUGGGAUCGGUUCGUAUCGAACCGCUUGCCGCAUCCACCGUACGCCGAUCCGACGGGGAACGAUUUUGGCAGCAUUGUGAACAGAUACCUUCAAGGUUGGAUACGCCGUCAUCCGCCCAACUAUCCGAUGGCCAAAAAGCGCUUCUAUCCGGUGUUUGGUAAGCGAAGCAUCCGCGAAGACACGGCCCCACUCGAUCGUCACUUUCUCAACCAUCAUCGGACAACGCGCCACACGCUGUACGAGCAGAUUGAGCAGUUUCUUACGGCCAAGGGUAAACACGGUCACCAUUGCGUGCUGCGGGCGCUCUGCGAAAGCGGCCAGCGUAAAGAUGACACCGAGCCGGACACAUUUUUAAAGGAAAUUCUUCGCGCCAUAUUCAGCCUGCCCGCCACCCAUGAACCUCCGGCACACCACAAGCACCGGCUGUACGAUGAAGCGCACGCCCAUGCCGGAAACUGCUCCGAAACCUAUUCCUACUGCGAGGACAGCUUUUGGUCGUCGAAUUUUGUGUUCUAACCGUGCGCUGCACCUGCCAGUAUGCUUUGCUAAUGAGCGUGUAAUUUACGUGUAAUUUGUACACUGGUAACACACAUCAACUACUCAAACGAUUGGACGACGCUGAAGUGGGAAGCGAUGUUCACCGGCAAUGUAACGAUAGACUAUUCCACAAACGACGCAAGCAACGCGUAGCAACUGGAACCAAACGUUCGACACGGCACAGGCUGGGAGCAUUCGUAUAGAAGCGAUGAUAUUAUUUGCAAAAACCGGAUCGUUCGACCGGAUCGUUCUAUA